CUUUGUCUCUUUAAAUUGAUUUGACAGUCAGAGCCAAAACAAGUGAUGUUGGUGAUUUUAGUGCUGGUUCUUAUGCAACAAUAGUUGGAGCGGAGUUGUGCUACGGUGUGGUGCCAUUGUUUAAGUGAAACCAGACACCAUGGCUUCCGCUCCUUCAAAACAUUACACAGAUGACAUCAGCCUCCUCGUCGUCACACUAGACACCAAUCCUUUCUUCUGGUCCACUUUCUCCUUCCACUUCUCUGACUUUCUCUCUCAAGUUCUCGCUUUUCUCAAUUCAAUACUCCUCCUCGGUCAACUCAACCAAGUUGUAGUUAUCGCCACCGGAUGCAAUUCAUGUUCCUACAUUUACGAUUCCUCUUCCGACAGGAACCAUGCUUCCACUAACGGUACAAUGCCCGCGCUUUAUUCCAAUCUUCUUCAUAAUCUUGAUGAAUUUGCCGCUAAGGAUCACCAAUUCACAACGGAUCAUAAACCGCCAACCGUUCCUUCUUCACUGUUAUCGGGAGCAUUGUCCAUGGCCCUCUGUUAUAUACAGAGAGCUUUUCGUGCAGGACCGAUGCAUCCUCAACCUCGGAUUCUAUGUCUGCACGGAUCUACUGAUGGACCAGAACAGUACGUGGCAAUCAUGAAUGCAAUAUUCUCUGCUCAGCAUUCUUCAGUUCCUGUAGAUUCUUGUUAUAUUGGUUCAAACAAUUCUGCAUUCCUUCAGCAGGCUUCAUACAUAACUGGUGGCAUAUAUUACAGGCCUCCCCAAUUGGAAGGGCUUUUUCAAUAUCUUUCAACAGUGUUUGCAACUGAUUUGCAUUCUCGUGAAUAUUUAAGGCUUCCUAAAUCUUUGGGUGUGGAUUUUCGUGCCUCGUGCUUCUGCCAUAAGCAAACAAUUGACAUGGGCUAUGUAUGUUCUGUAUGCUUAUCCAUAUUCUGUGAGCAUCACGACAAGUGCUCAACCUGUAGCUCUGUAUUUGGCCAGGCUCAAUCUGAUGUUGCCUCAGCAGACAGUCGGAAAAGAAAGGCUUCUUAAUGUUUCCGGGUUUAUAACACUUAUUUUGUCAUGUUCUCAAGAGAGCUUAUCUGUUAAGUCUCUCUUGAUCUCUUCCAUAUAUGUAUCUUAAUGAAAUUUUGGCAUCAAAUUCUGUCUUGGCGGGAAGCUCAGGUUAGUUAUGGAGAUCAGCAUCAAUUGGGACAACAUUAACAAAACUACAGGCUCUCUUCAUAUGGGAGGGAGCUGCAUAACAGGCUUUUGUCUGAAAGGUUUCGUGCAUUUGGAAGGCUAUGAUUUGAAUGAUGUUCAAAUCUUCUAAUGAACUCUUUCCUUUUGAUGGCAUUUAUUCCUUCGUGAUGAUGAGCUAUCAUGAAUUUUUGUUGUGUCAAAAAGUGAGCUAUGUUUAAAGGUGUCUCUAAUGAUGGCAACUGAUAACAUAGUAAAGAAAGUGUGUCGAUGGCUUUAUAAACAGAUAUCUGAUCUCCCACCUGAAUUGAUUUAUAUUCUUUAUACAUGGAAUGAUGAAAUUGAUUUAUCA